AUGGCGGAGAUGACAAAGGAGGUGCUGAUUGCUGCGUGCAAAAAUAAUGGCGGCUAUGCGGCUCCUCGCCUCAACUCCCAGCUGUUUCUUCAGUGUCGAGGGUUUCUGCGCAUUGAAAACCUUGAGGACUACGUGAACCUCAAGGUGUUGUGGUUGGAGCAAAACGCCAUUACGGAGCUUACCGGCCUAGAGACAUUGCAGCAAUUAGUCUCUCUUUUUGUCCAAAAUAACACCAUCACUUCUCUUCGGACACUUCCGGCCUUGAGCAACUUGCGCGUGCUUAAUGUGUCCUAUAACUACUUGACCUCCCUCGCCGGCCUCGCUCAGUCAUGCGGGUGCCUAGAGACGCUCCAGGUUUCACACAACCGUAUUGGCAGUCUGGAUGCCUGUCGCGAGCUGUGGGAGCUUAAGGAGACCUUGACCAGCGUGGAUCUUUCCUUCAAUAAGAUAGAGGUGGAUGAAGGAAAACCGGGCCCGGUGGAGUUCUUUACAAAGCUACCAAAUGUGAGUGUCAUCUACUUUCAUGGCAAUCCUGCAAUUCGUGGAUUGAGAGGCUACCGACGCCAGAUGGUGCUUCGUCUCCCUCAGCUGAUGUACUUGGAUGAGAGACCCGUUUUUACGGAGGAGCGUCGUUGCGUGGAGGCAUGGGGCUCGGGCGGGGAGGCGGCAGAGGCGCAGGAACGGGCGAUGAUUCAGAACGAGAAAAAGAAGCACCUGGAAAGCUGUGUGAGGAUUUUGUCUGACCGCAUGGAAGAAAACCGCACUGUCCGUGACAAGCUGACAAAGCAAUGGGAAGAGAAACGUGAAUUGGAACUGGAACGCUUGAGGAACGUGCGUCGCGAGUUUCACGCUCAGCGGGAGGAGCUUACGCUACUGGAAGAGCGUUGCAGGCCGUCUGUGGGGGACUCCGAAGUGGAUUCGCGUCUCCGCAUUGAGGAGGAAUUCCACGCCGCAAAGCUUGCGCUUGACGCCACGGAGAAGGCGCACCGCAGGGCCUACGAUCACGAGAAGGCCGUAGAGGCCGUGCGUGCGGAGGCGCUGAAAGAGAUUGAGGAGGAGUUUCAGCAGCAUCAACAGCAGCCGCAGCCGCAGCCGAGGGCAGGAAGUGAGGACAAUUCUUUACGCGGCCUUUUGAUGUCGGAUGAGGAGAUGCUGCAGGAGAUGGAGGAGGAAAUACUGCGUGUACUGGAGCCUCUUGAAGGGGCCAAUCAGGUAAGCCGGACUGCGUUGAAAAUGGAGCGUGCGAUAGAUACCGUGGCGUCUCGUCUGUGCGGAGGAAAGAGGUCCUCAGCGUCAUCACAGCGGAUGCAAGUGUGGAAACAGUUUGCCCUCUGGGAGGGCCACGCAAAGGAGUAA